CAAUUGUUGUUUCGCUCAACAAUUGUAAGUUGACACUCCGGGUUUUUAUUUCUUCGGGGGCGAACUGGGCGGAGUAAAACGUACACCCGUGUACCAGUUGUCAACGAAUUGUGAAAGGGCAAAGCAGAAGCGACACUCGUGGGCUCUUGGGAUGGAAUACUCCAUGGAAAUGGCGAAGCUCUCACGUAUGUCGUACUAUGGGACUGGGAUUGGUAAAGGCCUGCAAGUUCCUGAGUGGGAUUAUAAAAGCGUUGGAGAUCACAAGACAUCUGGAAGAUUGUUUCUUCAGAAAAGUCCCAGAGAUGUUUUCACAGUGGAUUUAAAACGUGAGAUGGUUGAAAACGACCGGAGGAUAAAAACUUCCAUGCAAGCUCAUCGGACUACUCUUCAUUCAGAUAAGAAGAAUCUGGAACAGGUGAUGAGAAACAACACGAAACCUUACGUUUGUUAUAGAGGCAACAUUCUCUCCAGAUAUGGGGAAGUUUUUAAUAACUUGCCUGCGUCGCUCUCGAAAAAUCACUUAGCGGAAUCAGAAGAAAUGGAGAGAGCAGAUCCGCAUGGUGGCGCUCCAAUGACAGUAGUUGAUGCAGAGACUGUUUUAUCCGAACAAUACGUUGUUUGUCAUCGUUGCAAGAAAACUUACAAGGAAAGUAAGAAUACAGCAGAAGCUUGCAGAUUCCAUCUUGGCCCAAUUAUUGGAGUGUUUGGAGGAAUGUGCCAAAGCUGUGGAAGACUGGAUUACACGAAAGGAUGCGUCUCUGGGUAUCACACCAGAAAACCAAGAAGACAGGAAAGUAGCCAAAAGAAUAACAUUAAAAAGACACGACCGACAUAAAUAAUGUAUAUUUUGCAAUACAUUCCCUUUUGGGGCAAAAUUGUUGAUUUGUUUUAACAUAAAGCGUAUGUUAUAAACUUCAUAUACGCCUGCACUGUUGAUGAAAAAAUAUGCCCCUUUUCUUUCUUAGAUUUGUUUAUUAUAAAAUAUUAUAAAAGUGUCCCGUCUUUCCCCACUCUUCUAUAUAAAACUAUUGUUUUGAAAAGGUGCUAUUAUAGCCCCCACUGAAUAAACAGGAUAGCUGGUUGGGUUA